GGAACAUCUCAAAAGCAAUUAACCCAGCCAAGGUCAUGUUUACAGCACGCAAACUCACACAGGCAGCGCGCAUUGCAGUGCGCGGCAAGCACUCGCUGCCCAAGCUGCCCUACGACUAUGCCGCAUUGGAGCCCAUCAUUUGCCGCGAGAUCAUGGAGUUGCACCACCAGAAGCACCACCAGACCUACGUCAACAACCUGAACGCUGCCGAGGAGCAACUGGCAGAGGCCACCUCCAAGAGCAACACCUCGAAGAUCAUCCAACUGGCCCCGGCCCUGCGCUUCAAUGGCGGCGGGCACAUCAAUCACAGCAUCUUCUGGCAGAAUCUCUCGCCCAGCAAGUCGGCACCCAGCGACGACCUCAAGAAGGCCAUCGAGUCGCAGUGGAAGAGCUUCGAUGAGUUCAAGAAGGAGCUCAGCGCCCUCACCGUGGGUGUUCAGGGCUCUGGCUGGGGCUGGCUGGGCUACAACAAGAAGACGGGCAAGCUGCAGCUGGCUGCCCUGCCCAACCAGGAUCCGCUGGAGGCCAGCACCGGCCUGGUGCCCCUCUUCGGCAUCGAUGUGUGGGAGCACGCCUACUACUUGCAGUACAAGAAUGUGCGCCCCUCGUAUGUGGAGGCCAUCUGGGACAUUGCCAACUGGGAUGACAUCUCGUGCCGCUUCCAGGAGGCCAAGAAGCUGACCGCCUAGGCUGGUGGUUCACUUUCUGUGUUUACUAUCUAAGCAACGGAUCAUAGAUCCCCACACCCCAGUCUGUAGUCUGAGAUUUCGGCAAAUAUAAAUUGGUAAUCAUUCAUGA